ACUCAAAUUUGGAAGUAAAUUUAGAUGAUUUGAUGAUAGAUCAUUUUUUCAGUCAAUAUAUACUUUUUGUGGCAUUUUUGUUCAGUGGUAUGCCAUGAGAUUUGCAAAAUAUGUGCCUUGGCUCAAUAAAGGUUGAGAAACACUGUUGUAUAAUACAAAAAGUCUGAAAAUACUAAUAUGAUUGCCUAGUUCUAAGUUUGUAGUACAUUUGCUGCAAACACCAGGUGCCAUUAAACAUGAAUCCCCUGGUGAAAAUAGCCAUCAACAUCAUCAAUUUGAAAGACUCAAUCCUGCUUUUUGGCUGCUGUCACUAAACUACACAUUUUCCAGUUUGUCAAGGCGUACUGCCACAGAGGAGAUAACGUGUUUAUUAAUGCGUCGAGUUGUGGAAACAACUUCUGUAAUCCUCCAUCAUGUGACUCAUAGUAAUAAUCACUCCAUAAUAACGAGGGAGGUGCAUAUGCUAGAGUGGGAGGCAGACAGACAAGGACAACUGCUCCACCUGAAGAUCCUAAACAAACCUCACAAGGCCCGGCGCAGCAGAAGGGCAUUUGGAGGCGGGCCAACAGGUGUUCAAGAGUGUGAUGUCCUCAGUGGUCGCUCAGCCCUCCGUUAAGCCCAUGCAGUCGUUGUCGGUGUCGCCUGGCAUCCAGAGGAGACACACGCUUCCCGCCAGCGAAGUCAGACCUCUCAACACGCAGGAUGCCAUCAGCGUGUUUGAGAUCGAGCGAGAAGCGUUCAUCUCGGUGUCAGGCGAGUGUCCGCUGCACCUGGACGAGGUGCGUCACUUCCUCACUCUGUGUCCAGAAUUUUCCAUGGGUUGGUUCGAGGAAGGCCGGCUGGUGGCCUUCAUCAUCGGAUCGCUGUGGGACCGUGAUCGCCUCACCACUGAGGCCCUCACCCUCCACAAGCCACGCGGCUCCACCGUGCACAUCCACGUGCUGGCAGUCCAUCGCACCUUCAGGCAGCAGGGCAAAGGUCCCAUCCUGAUGUGGCGCUACCUGCAGUACUUGCGCUGCCUGCCCACCGUGCGGCGGGCCGUGCUCAUGUGCGAGGACUUCCUGGUCUCCUUCUACCACAAGAUGGGCUUCAAGGUGCUGGGCCGCUGCGCCAUCACCGUGGGCCCCUUGACCUUCAUGGAGAUGUGGUACCCCAUCAGCGGCCACGCUUACAUGAGGCGGAACAGCGAGGCCAUCCGCUUCCCCAACGCUCCCCUGACUGUGCCACCUGCCCAGAUCGACCAACACAUGGACGUAUGAUUUAAUCGUUUGGCACUUAAAUGUACACGAUAUAUCCAUUUCCACAUAAUUGUAACCCUUGUAGAUGUUAUUCACAUGCUGUAUAAGAUGUGAUUAUUUUAGUUGUUUUUUUAAGGUUUAUGAAUGUACGAAAAUAAUCUCCAAACUAGUAAGUGGGGUCAUGAUGUAGUAUACGGGCUAAAACCAAUCCAUCAAGCAAUUAUGUAUUACAGUUAUUUAAGAAACUGCAGCAUCACCACAGCUUUCUGUGAAAGGUGAUUAGGAAAAUAAUUUUGGGUUUUUCAUGAUUUUGGGGUGGUCCGCAGUCCUGUUUCCCUCUAAAAUAGAUCUGCCCCUGCCCUGAGCAGUUCUCCAUAUUCAGAACCAAAACAUUUCACAAUCUGUAAUAAAAUGAAAAGGAGUGUUUAAUUAAGAAUCAUAAUUGAUUAUGAAUGUGAUAUGUUCACAAAUCAGACCUUGACAAAGAGCAGAAAUAGGAAAAAAAUAUUUGCUUCUGAAACAGUAUUAUUAGUAUUAUUAAAAGAGAUUUUUUCUGUUACUGUUGUAGUUGUAAACAAUUUCUUUGCAUAUCUAAAAAAAUCUACAUAAAACCAAUUAUUAUUUUUAGUAGUUGUCAUAGUCGACAGGGGCGUGGCACUCAUGAGGAUGCGGGUGUAACAACCCCCACCUACCACUUUUUCAACACCCACACCGAAACAAAUGUUAUUUUAGGUAUAUGCCGCCGGCCGCUAAAAAUGGACGCAAAUGACCCCCAGGCUGUAGUUUGGACACCGAAGCAAACGUUUGUGCUCAACGGCCACUUUUGAUUUGAUUUGAUUCUUUUUUAAAUGAGCAGAAGGACCAGGUCAUUCAUAGUGGGGUUUCAAAAAAAAAAAAGUUAGAAAUGUGUGUGUUGUUCUUGUUCUUAAUUGCAUUAUUUCUAAUUGAUGAAAUUAUAAUAAAUUAGCCAAUGAUUUAAUAAAAUAAAUUAGAUGUACAGUGA